AUGUCGCAAUCUGCCUUGGACCAAACCCAAACCAAUGUUGGGCGAUACCCUAUCAGGAGCCGGAAGCCGAUUCAGACUAUUCCCUCGGCUAUUCUUACUGCACCGACCCUCGAUGAGGAUGCUCGUGGUCUGCUCAAUCAAAUCAACGAGAUUUUGGUCACAAAAGCACCUGAAGCCAUUCCGCUACUUCAGCAGUUCCUCAGUAAGUUACCUUCAUUAUCGCUUGAGGUUGUAGAAUCUGAAAAAAGGGAGCGCUCUAUUGUACUUUUGGGUGUGCCUGAAGCUGAGAAAGGGCUCCCCGCAUCUCGGCGUCAGGAACACACUGAAAAGUAUGUCUCGGAAAUCUUGGACUUUCUGGACAUCGAGGCGCGACCGGUCGAGGUGUUCAGAAUGGGUAAACCCAGUGAUAAGCCGAGACUUGUUAAAGUCACGCCUGGGGCAAAAACCGUUGUUGCGAUAAAAAAAAAAACACAUGCACACACUCUCCUGAUUAAAGGCCGCGCUCAGAUUGAACUGGCGGGCCGCUCGCAGACAAAGAAAGCAUCUGAAACUCGACUGGAAGAAGCCAAUAAGAAGGAUGCAGCCAAAGGAUUCUUCAAGAUACCGAUGACAGAUUGUGAUGCGAUUGCUGACACACCCGAUACCAGGGUCAAUAAGCCACAAAGCAGCGAGUUCCGUGUCGGUUUGGCUGUCAUCGAGGAGUUUAUCGAGCUGAGCGAUCACUGGGGCCAAAUAUAA